GGGGUCGAGAAGGACUGGCGCCUAGGGUGCCUCGCCUGCCUUCGUAGGCGCGGUCACAGGAGGUUCCGCCUGAUGCUGACGUACAUCGACGGCCACCUUGCCAGCCCGUCCAAUUGCGAGCUGCGCAGCGUGCGACGGUGGGGAUGUGCACGGCGGUGACGCGCAUGACGAACUUCCACCACAAGCGGCUCCGGGAGCCUCGGGAACCUCGGGCGAGCUGCGAGGCGAGGCAGUCAGUCGCUCUCAGCUACGACAUGCAUAACGCAUGAGAGCCCGAGCGAGAUCUUUCUAACCCGUCUCUCCUCCGUCGCCAUACACACAUACACAUACACAUACACACUUACAUACAUAGACACUCUCUCUCUCCUUCUCUCUCUCUCUCGCUCUCUCUCUCUUUCUCUCUCUCUCUCUCUUUUUCCUUAUAUUCUCUCACCCACACGCUCUUUCCACGCAUACACGUAUACCGUAUGUAUACGCACACGUACACUCACGUAAAGAGAGGGACAUCUACCACCAGAAGGAACAUACACGCACGACAUCAUAUACCUAUUCUACUCCCGCCGAGUCGAGUCUCUUCCGUUUCGCGAUUACCGUCGUACGUCCCUUUACGCCGAGCCGGUCGGUCGGUCGCUCGCUGCUCGGUCGUCGGUCUGCGGUGGCAACCCCUGAGUGCAGUCGCGUCGUGCAUCGUUGUCGUCGAUACGUGUCCAUCACGUCGGGGCUACAGACACGACGCCAGUGCGGAGUAAUCCUCGCAUCGCCGUAGACAUCGCCGUCGUCGUCGCCGUCAUCGAGACAAGAUUAGUGAUUACUCGACAAGUUCGAAUCCCCACCAGGGAUGUGUGACCUCGGCUGAAUCGAUAUCCUCGUCGCGAGUGACUUCCCGACUCGACUCGAGGGUUGGCCAGUACAUAGCCAGGAGGCGAGCUUCCGUUUCACGUGUGAUUUUCGUGUGGGAACGAGAGUAGCCGCGACACCCAGGGCUGACGACAGAGAGAGAGCGCAAGAGAAAGAAGCAAAAUUCCGGAGCGCCACGACAGAGCGGUGCUCCGAUCUGGAAACGCGCUUUUCCUCCGCGGGGACCCACCCCGUCGGAGCGAACGAGAGAGAAACGGGAUAUCGACAAUCCUCUCUCGCUACGGAUUCGUCGAUGUUGCCGUACUGUUGCAUACAUGACACUCUUGAGAAACUAUGGACGAAACUUUGUCGAGAACGACGACCAGCUUCGUCUGGUCCUCGGUGUGUCGACGUGAAUUGUGGAUUGUGCAACGAGUGAUCAGUGAUUACUAAGAGAUUUGCUCUUCGAGGAUCAUUGGAUUGUGAGGUGACUAGACAAUCGACGAAAGCUGCAUUUAAGGUCCUGCGAGGAGAUUCUACCGACAAUCUUUCGAUUCGUUCUCGUGGAAUUUUCACUGAGUUAUAAAAUCUUCGUAUACUUUCCAUCUAUAUAUAUAUAUAUAUAUUAACAAAAAUCGGAAAGUUCAGAAAACUGUUUGCGAAAGGGGUGCGAGCGAAAAACGUACCCCGUGGACGUGUCCACGGUGGGGAACCACACUGAGAGGGUUUCGCGAAACCUCUCGACGAGGGGGAAGUAGAUGGCCGCUACCACGUACAUGCCGGUUAGUAGCGCAGUGUCUACCGACCUGGAUGGUGGUUCAGGUACAAUCGGGAUGAACAUCGCCGUGGGUGGCUAUUCCUCGGGCUCGCCCCGUAGCGCCGCCGACGCUGGCGAGAUGAAGUACAUGCCGGCGCCGCAGCAUCAUCACCACCAUCAUCAUCACCAUCAGGUGACAGGCUCGCCGUCACCGAACGGACUUUCCCAUCCGGCGAGUCUCUCGUCGGCGAAUCCCUGGGUGAGCCUACAGCCCGGUAGCGAUCCCUGGGCGGCCUCGAUGGGCAUGCACCAUACUAGCCAUCAUCCUCAUCAUCACCCCCAUCAAGCAAACUCGAGCCUUGAUGUGAAACCGUUGACCGCGGCCGCGGCGACCGCGACGGACCAGGGUAUGCACCAUCGGGGCCCGCACCAGUCCCCGGGUAUGGCCUCACCGCACUCCUGGCACGCACCGGUCGUCCCGUCGGCGCACUACAAUCCGAGCGGUGGCGCGGCCUCGCCCACCACCCUCCAACAGUAUCACGCAGCGAUGAACGGCAUGCUGCAUCAGCAUCCGCAUCAACAUCCACAUCAGCUACACAACCAUCAGACUGGUCUACCUCACCAUUUGAGGGACGCGCACAAUCACAGUCCACCGUCGGGGCAUCCUCUGCACGCGGGUCAUCCUCUCGACAGGGAUCACAGCGCCGGCGAGGAGGACACGCCGACGUCGGAUGACCUCGAGGCCUUCGCCAAGCAGUUUAAACAACGACGCAUCAAGCUCGGCUUCACCCAGGCGGACGUCGGUCUCGCGCUCGGUACUCUCUACGGCAACGUCUUCUCGCAGACGACAAUAUGUAGGUUCGAGGCUCUACAGUUGAGCUUUAAAAAUAUGUGCAAGCUGAAGCCGCUGCUGCAGAAGUGGCUCGAGGAGGCGGACUCGACGACCGGCUCGCCGACGAGCAUCGACAAGAUCGCCGCCCAGGGUAGAAAACGGAAGAAGAGGACGUCGAUCGAAGUGUCGGUAAAGGGUGCGCUCGAGCAGCAUUUCCACAAGCAGCCAAAACCGUCGGCCCAGGAGAUCACCUCUCUCGCGGACUCGUUGCAACUCGAAAAGGAAGUGGUCAGGGUGUGGUUCUGCAAUCGGCGGCAAAAGGAAAAGAGAAUGACGCCGCCCAAUACACUUGGCGACGGCAUGAUGGAGGGUAUGCCGCCGGGUCACCAGAGCCAGGGCGGCCUCCAUCAGGGUUAUCAUCCGCAGGAUCAUCUGCACGGCUCGCCCAUGGGUCACAGUCACAGUCCACCAAUGCUCAGCCCUCAGGCCCUCACGGCCCACUCGCUCGCGGCUCACUAGCGUUCGCCGGGGCCUCCCCCGUUGGGCCUCGCGGUAACCUCGCAGAACUCGGCGAACGUGUCGUCGACGGCAGAGACGACGACACUGCCGCCAUUCUAUCAUCACUACCUUCAGGCACGCACCGGCAGUUAUACGACCUCGUAGCUGACCGACUCGCGGCGCCCUUUUUACCUAUCAGACGGCGGCGCUCGUUAUCGAGACGAAGGUACGGAAUGGUGGCUCGUUCGACGAGAUUCAACGGGGUUUAACGAGGCCGAGACCGGUCCACCGGGGAGGCUGAGGAGCUGACGCGCACGGUCAGUGAUUUUUUUGUCGACCUUGACCGCGCGCCUAGACCCGGAGAGAGGAUGAAAGCCGCACGGGGACGGAACAGAAUAAGAAAAAUACGGAGUAAGGAGAGGACGCGGUGCCGGGACUGUCGCCGCUGCCGUCGGCGAACAUCGUGAUUGUUCUUCGCCCGAAGUUCUUUAAGAUAUUUUCAUCGACGAAGUAUCAUCCUCGUCGUCAUCACCGUCAUCGUCAUCUCGCCGUUGUUCGCGCGGUUCCAGCUAUUUUUACUUCAUCGACGAUGUCCCGGUGAUAAGUGAAAUGUCUUCAUCGUGUUUUUCGCGACGUGACGCAAGAGGAGACCCAGUGGCGUUCUCUCGAAGGGUACCAUUGACGGACACGUAGUGAUGACGUUUCUCCUUCACGCGGCCAGGUCGGGGCCCGUUCGUUCGUUCGUGGAGUCUGAGCUAGAUCGCGGACCUUGUUGGCUGUUCGCUGUUGUUGUUGUUGUUGUUUCAUCGUCGCCGGUGAGCGGAAGUGGUUAACUCGACGGUCUCCGACGGGGACCGACCCAAGAAAGGACGGUUCGAUAACAAGGUGCGUGGACGCGCAAGACUCGGGCGAGGGUGCGGUUAAAAGGAACGGAGGUUUUCUCUCUCUCGCCCGCGAACGAAACGGGAAUAUCGGACACGAGACACGGAUCGCAAGGGUGUCUUUUCGCGCGCGUGCGAUUCUCCCUUAUCUUCCGCGAGGUCCGAAAUUCGCGACGGACGAACGGGCGUCAAGAAAAAAAACAUACGUAAGGAGCGAGUGCUGUGUUCGCACGGGAUUUGCUCGGAGCAAACCCGGCGGAUGAUGUAACAUAAGUAAAUAUGGACUGUAAAUAAUGUACUAGAUAAAGCUAGUAAGUUAAGUGAGAGAGAGAGCAUGAAUCGUCAUUGUCGUCGUCGUUGUCGUCGACAACGAGCACAAAAAACAGACGCGGGAGCUGGAAUAAACGGAGGAAGGUGAUAUAAAGAGAGAUGAGAGGAGGGAGAGAGACAAGGAGUAUGCAGCGCAACAAAAUAAAAAGAGGGACAGAUUUUUAUAUAUAUAUAUAAAAGGACAAGAUGCACAUCGAAGAGAGACCGCGUAUUGGAAAAGCGCGUGCGAAAUCCUAGCGAGACAGCAAGACAGAGUUCCCCCCUCACGCGAAAAACCCCUUCUGUAUAAAGAUUUCCUGCCCUCGGAUCGCCGAUCGUCCCGCGGACCCAUUUUCGGAUACACCAAACUCGAUGAUCGGCUUACCAGCCCGGCCGCCGCUUCUGACGCCGCCGCCGCCGCCGCCGCUCUACCGGACUUAGCCGGGGCCCCCGAAGAAGCAUCCAGCCGUCAAGGAUCAGUCGUCAGGACUUUCGGGACGUCCAGGAUGAGUCGUCCGUCGAUCGCGCGCAGUCAGGACACUCGGGCGGGCCUAAAUAUCGUCGGAUUUGAGCUUACAGAGUUGUCUCGCAUCGUCCUCCUGCAAGCAAUCGUUCCAGAAUCCAGUCCCAGCCAGGCAUCGUGUCAGUGUGUGGAAAUACAUAAUUAUAUAGAAUUACGGUAUAAGUUGUGUUAAAUCAAUGUUAAUCGCUGUAGCGAAGUGGGGUAUUAUAAUAAAUACAUUAUUUUAUGUAUA